AUGGUUAAAGCUAUCGAAUCCCACCAAGAAUUCAAGGACCUCAUCUCCGGCUCUCAACCUGUCGUCGUCGACUACUGGGCCACAUGGUGUGGUCCCUGUAAGAUGAUCUCUCCUCAUUUCGCCAAGCUCGAGGAGAAAUACCCAGGUGUCAAAUUCGUUAAAGUUGACGUUGAGGAACAAGAGGAAAUCGCCAAAGAAGCCGGUAUCAAGGCUAUGCCAACUUUCAUCGCUUACAAGGAUGGUCAACCCAUUGAGACCGUCACUGGAGCUGUCCCCGCUAAGCUUAAUGCUCUUCUCGAAAAGAUCUCCGCUUAA